AACCCACCACCGCCGCUCAGCCACCAGUUGAAGUCAAGAUGGCUUGGUGUGAGGGAGUGUUGUCUCUGCUGCUGCUGCUGGCUGUCAUGGCCACAGCCGCACCUACUGACACCCUGCAGAAGUUCCCGCUGUUAAUGCCACACGUCAAGCCUGAGCGGGCCGAGACUUACUUCUGCACACCCAUCAGAAUUGACCCCACCGUCGAGUACUACAUCACGGCGUUCCAGCCCAAUGCCAGUAUGGAGACAGCUCACCACAUGCUUCUGUAUGGCUGCGAGACCCCAGGUGCUGAGGACGAGGUGUGGAACUGUGGGGAGAUGGCCUUAGCCCAGCCCGGUAUUAAGAGUGCUCCCGUGUGUGGCUCCGGAUCACAGGUGAUUUAUGCAUGGGCCCGUGAUGCACCUAAGUUGGUCCUGCCAGAAGGUGUGGCGUUCAAGGUGGGCGGCAAGUCACCCAUCCAGUACAUUGUCUUGCAGGUUCAUUACGCCUCAGUUGAGAGGUUCAAAGAUGGAUCGACGGAUGACUCUGGAGUAUUCCUCUACUAUACAGAGACACCUCAGCCUAAAGCAGCAGGAGUGUUGCUUAUGGGUACUGGUGGCCGCAUCAACCCAAACAGUGUAGAAUACAUGGAGACGGCCUGUACCAUCACCGAAGACAAGGUCAUCCAUCCAUUCGCCUUCCGAACUCACACACACGCUCUUGGACGGGUUGUGUCUGGUUACAAGGUGUCACGGAAAGGCUAUUUUGACCAGUGGGAACUAAUUGGAAAAAAGGAUCCUCAGCUGCCCCAGAUGUUUUACCCAAUUGAAAAGGAUCUUAUCCUUAAAAAGGGAGAUACAGUGGCAGCACGGUGCACCAUGGAGAGCAAGAGGGACCGUACUACCAGGGUUGGGAGCACGGGUGUGGAUGAAAUGUGCAAUUUCUAUAUGAUGUACUUUGUGGAGGGUGGAACUGAUAAACUGCUACAGAGAAGGUUUUGCUUCACCUCUGGUCCACCGGGUUACUACUGGAAAAAUGACACAAGAUUCAGGAACCUGCCUGUGGAGUAAAUAAUCAUUAUUCCCCUCGCCCCUUCAACGAAAGAACUACAAAUAUUUAUUAUGUCUAACCCAGUGACUCUAUUGGAUAAUAAAUUCUUCUUGAAGGAAUAAGUACAGUAAAGUAUUUACAAAUAUAAAUGGGUGUUGUGGAAAUAGGCUGAGAAAGAUAGAACUAUCAGAGUAACGAUGUUUUUAAGGUGCAUCAGUUAGAAUGUAAAAACUAGGAAUGCGGGAACUAUAAUGUAUCUUGCAUAUAUCAGAGCAUAUUUGGUACUGUGAUGGAAACAGGUAAUGAAAGGCGAGGAGGAUUGUCAAGAAAAUUUCAUCAAGCCAACAAUGUUAUGUCACAGUAUCAUAUGAUUUGUCCAAAACAUCUGAUGUUCUGGAGAUUUAAAAAGAAUUCUUAGAAAUUAGAACAGGAUUUUCAGAUAUAUCAUAUAUACACACAGAUAGGCUAUCAAAUGUAAGUACAAUAACGUGAUAGUGAAAAGCGUAAGGACAAAACGCACUUGUAAUCUUGGCAGUGUUUUACACAGUUUAAUAGAACAGUUUUAACAAUUACAAUUAAAAACAAAAAUACUAAUGAGAACAUCUUUGAGGUAAAUCAUGAGCAACUUAAUAACUAGCGAGAGAAACCUGAGUAGACAAACUGAACAAAGAGGAACUAAUCUGCGAACAAAUUUAAAUAUUAAAUAUAUUAAAAA